AUGUUGGAGGACGGAAGUGGAGUUUCUGGAACCACUGAUAUUGGGAAGAAGAAAAUCCUACUUUUGAAAGGAAAAGAAAAGGAAAUUUCUCCUGUUGGUGGAAUGGGCGGGAUGUUUACCUGUUCAAUGUGUGGAGGUGGGGAAUAUAUGGUUUCGUGUGAUUGGUGUGAAGAUCACCGGAGAAUUUUAGUGGGGAGAUUUGGCAUGCUCAAUUCAAAAGCACCAGCGAUUGACAAAGUUUAUGGUGGUGCAUCAUCUGCUACAUCUUCUGUUAAAAGUUCAGUUGUUUCUACUGCUCUCAAACAUAACCAGCGCCGGGAGACUAGUGGAAGGAUUAUCAGAAGUAUACUUCUAAACAAGGAUGCACAACAAACCCACUCAUCAUCUGUUGUUCAUUCUGAACACCCGACGUCAAAUCAGGAAAAGGACAAAAGACCUCCUCGGCCUCCAAAUGUGCACUUGUUUCUGAAGGAUACAAAUGGCACACCAGAAGACAAGGGAAUUGAUUUGCAUGGUUUCAGCAAGGAGAAGCAGGAAAAACGGACAAGGAAUAAGGAUAGACCUGACCGUGGUGUUUGGACUCCUCUAAGGCGGUCAGAUGGAUCACAUGCAAGUGAUGAGUCUUUGUCAUCAUCUACUUCUCAAUCUACUCAAUUACCGCAAGAUUCCACAGAAGGUACCCAUAAACAUGGUGGUCGGCGUGGAUCAGCUCAUAAUGUGAAGGAUGUUGAUGGUUCUUCCAUUAUAAGUGAGGGGAAACCCUCAAAAAGAGGAGGUUCUUCUGGCUAUGUCUCCCACGAGAAACAAGUGUGGGUUCAAAAGUCAAGUUCUGGUUCUUAGUGUUGGUAUAAUUGGUAAGCUUCAAAUUUGUGAGUAGUUUAUUUUCUAUCUUAUUCAUGGAAUGGAAAAUAAUGUUACCCUUUUGUUUGCAUAUGCUGCUGUAGGAACACAGGUUUAGGGAAUUGAUUAUUACAUUAACAUUAUCUUAUUUAGCAAAUGUCAGAUGUCUAGUCAGUGAUUGAUUGUUGAUGAAAAUAAGGCCUCCUUUAACCUGUCUUUUUUUUUGCAAGUCGAAACAUAUGGGCAAGCUUCAUUAAAUUUAAAUAGUGUGCUUUCUCUGCUGUUGGAAGGUGUGGGAGAGUCUAGGACAUACUAAUUGUUAGAACAUCUAACCCCAAAUCAAUUGGUAAUGCGUGGUGUGACACUUCAAGUAUUAUAGCUCUUUAACACCCUCCCUCACGUGGGACACGGGCUCCCACGUGGGACAAACAAACAAAGAAACAACUAUGCAUACCGGAAAAUUUAAAUGAGUAAGAGACUUGACCCACUAACCACCGAAGGCUUAGUUUUGAUACUAUGUUAGAGCAUCCAAUCCAAAACCAAUUAGCAAUGAGUGGAAUGACUCCUCAAAUAUAUAAACCAACUUUGAGUGAUCCUAAUUAUUUGAUUUGGGAUACAAGCUCUCUUAA